AUGGGAAAUCUCUGCCGCCUUUUCCGUAACCGACGCAGCGAACCUAUUACCAUACCUCAUACACCCUCGAGGUUGGAGCUCCUUCCCUACGAGAUUCGCGCCAUUAUCUUCAGCUUCCUGGGGUACGGUUGGAUGGAGGUCCGCACUGGUUUCGACCCCGGGGAUGCAUACACGCCGCCUCUGCGGUUCGCGCAUCAGCGACUCGAUAGCGAUGUAGGGCUUAAAACUCUAGCGCGUGUAGUCGAACUCGAAUAUGACUUGCGGUACAGCUACCCACUCCUAGAGCACACUAGCGUGCGAGUCCCUGAGGUCGACUACAUAGCCAGCCCCCCUGCAAUCGCUCCUCUGGACGUCUUCAUCGCAUAUCCAGUGACCGACGAGUUGAUACGGCUCCCCGGACGCUACUACGAGCCGGCAAUCAUGGCGGUUAACCGGAGCUUGACGACUGAUGCAAUGCAUUUUCUGUUCCGCGACAAUGUCGCGCUGUUCCAACAACCGUUGAUGGGAAAGCCCAACCCUCCGUGGGCGAUCCUGAAGACCUCAAACACGCACAUCCUAUGGGGGCCCCUCGCGCAUAUGACGAAGAUCUCUCUCGGCGAAGAGGUCGGGAAGUACGUGAGAAAGGUAUUUAGAAAGACUAUCAUCCUGCGAAGUGCGCUCCAAAGCUUCGGAGACUCAGUCCUUUUCAUCUCGAAGCACUGCCCCCGAUUGCAGUCGUUGGAUAUUAAUCCGAGCUCUGGGGUUCUCAAGCAGGCUUCGAAACGCGACUUGGAUCAACUGGCGCACGCAUGCGCGCAAGUCGUGCGGAAAUGCGCAGAGUUCAGGUGUUUGAGCAUCAGGUUCAAAUGUCUAGAGCCAUGUUCGCCCUCAGACCCCCAACUAGCGACGAAGAAACGGGAAGUGAGCUUGAAUAUUGACGAGUCGGAGGCGCAUGGCAAGGAGGCGCACGUUAAGGAGUGGGUGGUGCAGAUUCUGAAGCAAUUGGCAGAGGGCACCCAUCCUGAAGGAUCGACGAUUAGCUGUACUGCAGCUCGUAAGCGGGAUUUGAACCUCAAAAUCUACCAAAAAGGCAGCUAUCUGUGGGCCACACCGCAGAGUCAUGUUGGUUCUCAUUUCGUGAAAUCUCCGCUGGGGCUGAAGAACUACAAUACCGGACGGCAGCAUCCCUCCGUUCUUGCCGACCGUUCCGAUAUCCCUAUGUUGAACACGGGCUCGCCCCUCAUCCUACGUCACUGUAUUCCUGCCAACGUUGCACAAGGCUACGCAGACUCUCGCAGCUUAGUCUGCCACAACUACGCUUUUGGAAAAAGGCACGCAGUCGCUCCUUCGGCCGGCUAUCGGAAAACCUCGGCCGCUUUGAGGGAGCUGAAUUGA